AUGAUUAUUAAUACAUUUGUUCAUUUUUUGGGUAACGACUACUGUGGACUCUUUUCUUUUUCAGGGGACUUCCAGAAUGGCAAGAGAGUGGGCCUCUCCGUAUAUCUUGGGGAAUUUUUUGACAUCCAUUUGUUUGUCAAUGGUACUGUGAUGCAGGGGGCCCACAGAGUCUCCAUGCCCUACGCUUCCAAAGGGCUGUAUCUAGAAACUGAGGCUGGGCACCACAAGCUGUCCAGUGAGGCCUAUGGCUUUGUGGCCAGGAUUGAUGGCAGUGGAAACUUUCAAGUCCUGCUGUCACACAGAUACUUCAACAAGACCUGUGGGCUGUGUGGCAACUUUAACAUCUUUGCUGAAGAUGAUUUUAUGACCCAGGAAGGGACCUUGACUUCGGACCCCUACGACUUUGCCAACUCCUGGGCCCUGAGCAGUGGGGAACAGCGGUGCAAACGGGCAUCCCCUCCCAGCAGCACAUGCAACACCUCCUCUGGGGACACGCAGAAGGGCCUGUGGGAGCAGUGCCAGCUUCUGAAAAGCGCAUCAGUGUUCGCCCGCUGCCACCCGCUGGUGGACCCUGAGCCUUUCGUGGCCCUGUGCGAGAAGUCGCUGUGCACGUGUCCUCCAGGACCAGAGUGCCUGUGCCCCGCCCUGCUGGAGUACGCCCGCACCUGUGCCCAGGAGGGCAUGGUGCUGUAUGGCUGGACCGACCACAGUGUGUGCCGCCCAGCAUGCCCUGCUGGCAUGGAAUAUAAGGAGUGUGUGUCCCCAUGCCCCCGCACCUGCCAGAGCCUGCAUGUGGACGAGGUGUGUGAGCCGCAAUGUGUGGACGGCUGCACCUGCCCCGAGGGACAGCUCCUCGAUGAAGGCCGCUGCGUGGACAGCACUGAGUGCUCCUGUGUGCAUUCCGGGAAGCGGUACCCGCCAGGCGCCUCCCUCUCUCGAGACUGCAACACCUGCAUUUGCCGGAAUAGUCUGUGGAUCUGCAGCAAUGAAGAGUGCCCAGGGGAGUGUCUCAUCACAGGUCAGUCCCACUUCAAGAGCUUUGACAACAGGCACUUCACCUUCAGUGGGAUCUGCCAGUACCUGCUGGCCCGGGACUGCCAGGACCGCUCCUUCUCCGUUGUCAUAGAGACGGUGCAGUGUGCCGAUGACCCCGACGCCGUCUGCACCCGCUCAGUCACUGUGCGGCUGCCCACCCUGCACAACAGCCUCGUGAAGCUGAAGCACGGGGGAGGAGUUGCCAUGGAUGGCCGGGACGUCCAGAUCCCCCUCCUGCAAGGUGACCUCCGCAUCCAGCAUACAGUGAUGGCCUCCGUGCGUCUCAGCUUCGGAGAGGACCUGCAGAUAGACUGGGAUGGCCACGGGGGGCUGCUGGUAAAGCUGUCCCCAGUCUACGCGGGGAAGACGUGUGGCCUGUGUGGGAAUUACAACGGCAACAAGGGCGACGACUUCCUCACGCCCGCCGGCCUGGUGGAGCCCCUGGUGGAGAACUUCGGGAACGCCUGGAAGCUGCACGGGGACUGCCCGGACCUGCAGAAGCAGCACAGCGACCCCUGUGACCUCAACCCGCGCCUGACCAAGUUCGCAGAGGAGGCCUGUGCUCUCCUGAUGUCCUCCAAGUUCGAGGCCUGCCACCACACCGUCAGCCCCCUGCCCUACCUGUGGAACUGCCGCUACGACGUCUGCUCCUGCGCCGACGGCAGGGACUGCCUCUGUGGCGCCGUGGCCAGCUACGCCGAGGCCUGUGCCCGGAGAGGCGUGCACAUCGCGUGGCGGGAGCCCGGCUUCUGCGCGCUGAGCUGCCCACAGGGCCAGGUGUACUUGCAGUGUGGGACCCCCUGCAACCUGACCUGCCGCUCCCUCUCUUACCCGGAUGAGGAAUGCAAUGAGGUCUGCCUUGAGGGCUGCUUCUGCCCCCCAGGGCUCUACCAGGAUGAGAGGGGGGACUGUGUGCCCAAGGCCCAGUGCCCCUGUUACUAUGAUGGUGAGAUCUUCCAGCCCGAAGACAUCUUCUCAGACCAUCACACCAUGUGCUACUGUGAGGACGCCUUCAUGCACUGCACCACGAGUGGAGCCCCGGGAAGCCUGUUGCCGGACACCGUCCUCGGCAGCCCCCUGUCUCACCGCAGCAAGAGGAGCCUGUCCUGUCGGCCUCCCAUGGUCAAGUUGGUGUGUCCUGCUGACAACCCACGGGCUGAAGGACUCGAGUGUGCCAAGACGUGCCAGAACUAUGACCUGGAGUGCAUGAGCAUGGGCUGCGUCUCUGGCUGCCUCUGCCCCACCGGCAUGGUCCGGCAUGAAAACAGAUGUGUGGCCCUGGAAAGGUGCCCCUGCUUCCAUCAGGGCCGAGAAUACGCCCCAGGAGAGACGGUGAAGAUGAACUGCAACACCUGUGUCUGUCGGGACCGGAAAUGGAACUGCACGGACCACGUGUGUGAUGCCACAUGCUCCACCAUUGGCAUGGCCCACUACCUCACCUUCGACGGGCUCAAGUACAUGUUCCCUGGGGAGUGCCAGUACGUCCUGGCGCAGGACCACUGUGGCAGUAACCCUGGGACCUUUCGGAUCCUGGUGGGAAAUGAGGGGUGUGGAUACCCCUCAGUGAGAUGCAAGAAGAGGGUCACCAUCCUGGUGGGAGGAGGAGAGAUUGAGCUGUUUGAUGGGGAGGUGAACGUGAAGAGGCCCAUGAAGGAUGAGAGUCACUUUGAGGUGGUGGAGUCCGGCCGCUACGUCAUCCUGCUGCUGGGCAAAGCGCUGUCCGUGGUCUGGGACCACCACCUGGGUGUCUCUGUGGUCCUGAAGCAGACGUACCAGGAGCAGGUGUGUGGCCUAUGUGGGAAUUUUGACGGUGUCCAGAACAACGACUUCACCAGCAGCAACCUGCAAGUGGAGGAAGACCCCGUGGACUUUGGGAAUUCCUGGAAAGUGAGCUCGCAGUGUGUGGACACCAGCAAAGUGCUGCUGGACGUGUCCCCAGCCACCUGCCACAACAACAUCAUGAAGCAGAAGAUGGUGGACUCCUCCUGCAGGAUCCUUACCAGCAACAUUUUCCAAGACUGCAACGAGCUGGUGGACCCUGAGCCAUACCUGGAUGUCUGUAUUUAUGACACCUGCUCCUGUGAGUCCACUGGGGACUGUGCCUGCUUCUGUGACACCAUUGCUGCCUAUGCCCAUGUGUGUGCCCAGCACGGCGAGGUGGUGACCUGGAGGACAGCCUCACUGUGCCCCCAGAGCUGCGAGGAGAGGAACGUCCGUGAGAGCGGGUACGCGUGUGAGUGGCGCUACAACAGCUGUGCGCCCGCCUGUCCCGUCACGUGCCAGCACCCCGAACCGCUGGCGUGUCCCGUGCAGUGUGUGGAGGGCUGCCAUGCACACUGCCCUCCAGGGAAAAUCCUGGAUGAGCUUUUGCAGACCUGCGUCGAGCCCGAAGACUGCCCUGUGUGUGAGGUGGCUGGUCGGCGCCUAGCCCCGGGAAAGAAAGUCACCUUGAACCCCAACGACCCCAAGCACUGCCAGAUUUGCCACUGUGAUGGUGUCAACCUCACCUGUGAAGCCUGCCAGGAACCGGGAGGCCUGGUGGUGCCCCCCACAGAUGCCCCAGCCAGCCCUACCACCGAGGACGUGGAGGACACCCCAGAGCCGCCCCUGCACGACUUCCUCUGCAGCAGGCUGCUGGAUCUGGUCUUCCUGCUGGACGGCUCCUCCAAGCUGUCUGAGGCAGAGUUUGAAGUGCUGAAGGCCUUCGUGGUGGGCAUGAUGGAGCGGCUGCGCAUCUCCCAGAAGUGGAUCCGCGUGGCCGUGGUUGAGUACCACGACGGCUCCCACGCCUACAUCUCGCUCAAGGACCGGAAGCGGCCCUCGGAGCUGCGGCGCAUCGCUGGCCAGGUGAAGUACGCGGGCAGCCAGGUGGCCUCCCCCAGUGAGGUCUUGAAGUACACGCUCUUCCAGAUCUUUGGCAAGAUCGACCGCCCCGAAGCCUCCCGAAUUGCCCUGCUCCUGACGGCCAGCCAGGAGCCCCCCCGGUUGGCCCGGAACUUGGUCCGCUACGUCCAGGGCUUGAAGAAGAAGAAGGUCAUUGUGAUCCCGGUGGGCAUUGGGCCCCAUGCCAGCCUUAAGCAGAUCCGUCUCAUCGAGAAUCAGGCCCCCGAGAACAAGGCCUUUGCGCUCAGCAGCGUGGAUGAACUGGAGCAGCGAAGGGACGAGAUUAUCAGCUACCUCUGUGACCUUGCCCCUGAGGCCCCUGCCUCCAGGCAGUCCCCCGACAUGGCACAGGUCACUGUGGGUCCAGGGCCCUUGGGGAUUUCACCGUUAGGACCCAGUAGGAGCUCCAUGGUUCUGGACGUGGUGUUUGUCUUGGAAGGGUCGGACAAAAUCGGUGAGGCCGACUUCAACAGGAGCAGGGAGUUCACGGAGGAGGUGAUCCAGCGCAUGGACGUGGGCCAGGGCAGCAUCCACGUUGCCGUGCUGCAGUACUCGUACGUGGUGGCCGCGGAGCACACCUUCCAGGAGACGCAGUCCAAGCAGGACGUCCUGCAGCGUGUGCGCGAGAUCCGCUACCGAGGUGGUAACAGGACCAACACUGGACUGGCCCUGCAGUACCUGUCUGAGCACAGCUUCUCUGCCAGCCAGGGGGACCGGGAGCAGGCACCUAAUCUGGUCUACAUGGUCACAGGCAAUCCCGCCUCUGACGAGAUCAAGCGGUUGCCCGGAGACAUCCAGGUGGUGCCCAUCGGAGUGGGCCCUCAUGCCAACGUGCAGGAGCUGGAGAGGAUCGGCUGGCCCAAUGCCCCCAUCCUCAUCCAGGACUUCGAGACACUCCCCCGAGAGGCUCCUGACCUGGUGCUGCAGAGGUGCUGCUCCGGAGAGGGGCUGCGGAUUCCCACCCUCUCUCCUGCCCCCGAAUGCAGCCAGCUCCUGGAUGUGGUCCUUCUCCUGGAUGGCUCCUCCACCUCUCCAGCUUCUUACUUUGAUGAAAUGAAGAGUUUUGCCAAGGCUUUCAUUUCAAAAGCCAGCAUAGGGCCUCACCUCACUCAGGUGUCAGUGCUCCAGUAUGGAAGCACCACCACCAUUGACGUGCCGUGGAAUGUGGCGCAGGAGAAAGCCCAUUUACUGAGCCUCGUGGAACUCAUGCAGCGGGAGGGAGGCCCCAGCCAAAUUGGUUAUGCUUUGGGCUUUGCUGUGCGGUACAUCACUUCAGAAAUCCACGGUGCCAGGCCUGGAGCCUCUAAGGCAGUGGUCAUCCUAGUCACGGAUGUGUCCACGGAUUCGGUGGCUGCAGCAGUGGAUGCCGCCAGAUCCAACCGAGUGACAGUGUUCCCCAUUGGUAUUGGGGAUCGAUAUGACACAGCCCAGCUGAGUAUGCUGGCAGGCUCAGAGGCCAGCUCCAAUGUAGUGAAGCUCCAGCGAGUCGAAGACCUUCCCACUAUGGUCACCAUGGGCAAUUCCUUCCUCAACAAACUGUGCUCUGGGUUUGUUAGCAUUUGCGUGGACGAAGACGGGAACGAGAAGAGGCCUGGGCAAGUCUGGACCUUGCCAGAUCAGUGCCACACGGUGACAUGCCUGCCAGAUGGCCAGACCUUGCUGAAGAGUCAUCGGGUCAACUGUGACCGGGGGCCGAGGCCUUCGUGUCCCAACAACCAGUCCCCUGUUCGGGUAGAAGAGACCUGUGGCUGCCGCUGGUCCUGCCCCUGUGUAUGCACGGGCAGCUCCACUCGGCACAUCGUGACCUUUGAUGGGCAGAAUUUCAAGCUGACUGGAAGCUGUUCCUAUGUCCUAUUUCAAAACAAGGAGCAGGACCUGAAGGUGAUUCUCCAUAAUGGUGCCUGCAGCCCUGGGGCGAGGCAGACCUGCAUGAAAUCCAUUGAGGUGAAGCAUAGCGGCCUCUCGCUUGAACUCCACAGCGACAUGGAGGUGGCGGUGAAUGGGAGACUGGUGUCUGUCCCUUACGUGGGUGGGAACAUGGAGGCCAACAUCUAUGGUGCCAUCAUGCAUGAGGUCAGAUUCAACCACCUUGGCCACAUUUUCACUUUCACUCCACGAAACAAUGAGUUCCAACUGCAGCUCAGCCCCAAGACCUUUGCUUCAGAGAUGUACGGGCUCUGUGGGAUCUGUGAUGAGAACGGGGCCAAUGACUUCAUGCUGAGGGAUGGCACGGUCACCACGGACUGGAAAACACUGAUCCAGGAAUGGACCGAGCAGCAGCCGGGUCGGACAUGCCAGCCCAUUCCUGAGGAGCAGUGUCCUGUCUCUGACACCUCCCGCUGCCAGAUCCUCCAUUCAGCACUGUUUGCUGAGUGCCACAAGGUCCUUGCUCCAGACACAUUUUAUGCCAUCUGCCAGCAGGACAGUUGCCACUGGGAGCAAGUGUGUGAGGUGAUUGCCUCCUAUGCCCACCUCUGUCGGACCAAUGGGGUCUGUGUUGACUGGAGGACAACUGACUUCUGUGCUAUGCCAUGCUCACCCUCCCUGGUGUACAGCUACUGCGAGCGCAGCUGCCCCCAGCACUGUGACGGCAAUACGAGCUCCUGUGGGGACCACCCUUCAGAAGGCUGCUUCUGCCCCCCGCACCAAGUCCUGCUGGAAGGCCGCUGUGUUCCCGAGGAGGCCUGUACUCAGUGCAUUGAUAAGGAUGGAGUCCGGCACCAGUUCCUGGAGACCUGGGUCCCGGACCACCAGCCCUGUCAGAUCUGCACGUGCCUCAGUGGGCGGAAGGUCAACUGCACGUCACAGCCCUGCCCCACGGCCAGAGCUCCCACGUGCAGCCCGUGCGAAGUGGCCCGCCUCCACCAGAACGCAGAACGCUGCUGCCCUGAGUACGAGUGUGUGUGUGACCUGGUGAGCUGUGACCUGCCCCCAGUGCCUCACUGUGAAGGUGGCCUCCAGCCAACACUGAUCAAUCCUGGCGAGUGCAGACCCAACUUCACCUGUGCCUGCAGGAAGGAGGACUGUCAAAGGGAGUCGCCGCCUUCCUGCCCCCCGCACCGGACACCGGCCCUUCGGAAGACCCAGUGCUGUGAUGAGUACGAGUGUGCCUGCAACUGUGUCAACUCCACGGUGAGCUGCCCGCUCGGGUACCUGGCCUCGGCCACCACCAAUGACUGUGGCUGCACCACAACCACCUGCCUCCCUGACAAGGUGUGUGUCCACCGAGGUACCAUCUACCCUGUGGGCCAGUUCUGGGAGGAGGGCUGUGACGUGUGCACCUGCACCGACAUGGAGGACGCUGUGAUGGGCCUGCGUGUGGCCCAGUGCUCUCAGAAGCCCUGUGAGGACGGCUGUCGGCCGGGCUUCACCUAUGUCUUGCACGAAGGCGACUGCUGUGGAAGGUGCCUGCCGUCUGCCUGCGAGGUGGUGACGGGCUCACCACGGGGCGACUCCCAGACUUACUGGAAGAAUGUUGGCGCUCACUGGGCCUCCCCUGAGAACCCCUGCCUCAUCAACGAGUGUGUGCGAGUGCGGGAGGAGGUCUUCGUGCAACAGAGAAACGUCUCCUGCCCCCAGCUGGAUGUGCCUACCUGCCCCCCAGGCUUCCAGCUGAGCUGUACGACCUCCAAGUGCUGCCCCAGCUGUCGCUGCGAGCCCGUGGAGGCCUGUGUGCUCAAUGGCACCACCGUGGAGCCCGGGAAGACUGUGAUGAUUGAUGUGUGCACAACCUGCCGCUGCACCGUGCAGGCGGGGACCAUCUCUGCAUUCAAGCUGGAGUGCAGGAAGACCACCUGUGAGGCCUGCCCCCCGGGUUACAAGGAAGGAAAGAAGCACGGUGAAUGCUGCGGGAGGUGUGUGCCUACGGCUUGUACCAUUCAGCUGAGAGGAGGACAGAUCAUGACGCUGAAGCGUGACGAGACACUCCAGGAUGGCUGUGAUACUCACUUCUGCAAGGUCAACGAGAGAGAAGAGUACAUCUGGGAGAAGAGGGUCAUGGGCUGCCUACCCUUUGAUGAACACGAAUGUCUGGCCAAGGGAGGGAAAAUCAUGAAAAUUCCAGGCACCUGCUGUGACACAUGCGAGGAGCCUGAGUGCAGAGACAUCACGGCCAGGCUGCAGUAUGUGAAGGUGGGGAGCUGCAAGUCUGAAGAGGAAGUGGACAUCCAUUACUGCCAGGGUAAAUGUGCCAGCAAAGCCGUGUACUCCAUCGACACUGGGGAUGUGCAGGACCAGUGCUCCUGCUGCUCGCCGGGGCGGACGGAGCCCAUGCAGGUGCCGCUGCGCUGUGCCAAUGGCUCUGUUGUGUACCACGAGGUGCUCAAUGCCAUGCAGUGCACGUGCUCCCCCAGGAAGUGCAGCAAGUGAGGACUGCUGCAGCCACCACCUGCUGUGGCGCCCCGGCCGGAGCGCUGCCCAGCCCUCUGCACAUUCUGCUUUUGUGCUCUCCUGGGCCCACAAUAAAGGCCAAACUCUCAUCUUGCAAAAGGC